AUGGCAAACGCAGUAGUUCCUUGGGACCGACGUCCUGAAUAUCUGGCGUACACUGAUUGGACUCCUGUCCCUGGGGUCACGUCGUACGCAUUUCUGUCGGAAUACAACCUGCCUGACAUAAUGUAUCAGCUUCACCCUUGUGCAGAAUGGAGGCGUUUCAAAGACUCGCCCCUUCCAGAGCCAAAGUACAAUCCCGACGGUACUGUGGUAUACGAACAGUGGACGAGACCUGGACAGGGACGUCGACCACUGCUCGAUUUCAAGUUACUACCUGACAAGGCAAGCUUCAUCGUCGCAAAUGCUGUAUUCGACGAUAUCUCCACCGAGGAAGCUUGGUGGUAUCAUGAAUUUGUUCGUCGAAUGGACCCUAGGAUUCGCCAGCGCGACAUCAUCAUGAGGGAAGAAGUCUCAGCAGAGAGAUUGAGGAUGACCGAUCAAGGUUACAUCAAUAUCCAUCUCAAUACUCCAGGCUACCGCACUUAUCGCCCCGCAUGGAAGAUGAUCGCAUGGCACGUGACGGCAGGAUCAGGCUCCGGCGAAGAAUCCAGAACGCUGAACGAUAGGAAGCGGAGGGUGUUAGAUAGCCUGACGGACGCACAGAAAGACGCAAAUACAACCCGUGGGAACACGCCUGGCCUCAUUGACCCAGCUCUGGGUGAAGUUUCCGGAAACAGGGUUGCUCUGCCGGACUUGGUAUUGAGGAAGCGAGGCCCAAGACGUGCUAACGUAAACGUAAGCAACACCCCGGCUACACAGCUGGCACAGUCUGCACAGGUUCCGCAGACUCCGCAAGCUCCUCAAGCUCCUCCUCAAGCUCCUCAAGCUCACGAAGCUCCCCAGGCCCCACAAGCCUCACAUCUGUAUCAGAACCAGCAAUUUCCACAAUCUUCACGAGCUAGCAGCGCCAAUAUCGCUACAGCGCAGUUCCCUGUGGCCUCGGCGCGUAUGGGUUCUUCAUCUCAGGACUUUGCCACUAUGGCAGCUGUACCGAGGCAGAAUGAUCUUCGAGGAUACGCAAAUGCACAAGCCCGCGACGCAGCCGCUAUGCCACCACCACCCCUUCCUCAUAAACCUCGGAACGGAAAGUUCUCUCAUCCUCAAAAGUUUGGUCCACAUCCAGAUCCACCAUACUCCACCAACCGGCAACCAGAGUUUGAUGAUACCCAAGCCAGUUUUAUGGUAGUAGAGGACUUUAGGGCGACGGCGACGUUCGAUCAUGUGCCCCGACUCGAACAUCAAUUCAUGAGUGACGAGGAGAUCGCCACAAUGUCUGCCAAAUCUGACGAAGCUAUGGCGGAGAUCCUCUGGAUGUGCGAGCCUUUUCUUGGCCCGGUUUCCAAACUUCAGGGCCCGCCACCCAUGGACGUGAGUGCAGAGCCACCGGUGCUGAUUGAAGACUUGGAAAUGAGCUUCAUGUUGCCAAUUCAGGCAGGCGGAAGAGUGCGAGGGAAGUGGAAUGAGGACGCGAUGCCACAUCCGGCGCAGAGCAUGCACGCCCGGGAUAUGGCACAACGAACAACGCCCAGGCUUUCAGAGAAGCAAGGCACAAAGCGGAAAGAGUGCGAUGGUGGAAACGAAAACCUUCGACACCUACAACUCGAUGUUGAGAGGCAAGAGCGCCGCCCCAUAAAGCGGGUGAAGUCGGUGCACAAUGCCAACCUCCAGUAUAUAAAUACAGCGUCCUACCAUGAUGCUGCACAUGAUGCGCAGCAACAGCACUUUGAUCCUCAUCCUCAGCUUGGAGACUAUCAGUCCGGAUACCUUCAUAGGCAAACUUUCAGCGGGUCUGCUUUGCAAGGUGCCCGAGCUCCUCGGUAUGGCUCGUUUGAAGAUGUCGAUCCAUACACUUGCGGCGCUCCAUCUGAGGGCGAGUACGGUAGGACGAUUGGGCAACAACCUAACCAAGUCGUCAAACCAUACCAACCCCAGUACUACCCUGUAACGUCGUUCAGGCCGAACGUGCCUGAUCACCAGCCACGCCGCCAACGAUCUGUGGCUUCGCCCUACAUACCCGUCUUCACGGCAAAAGAUCAGAAUCCUGGUCAUCAAACCUCAACUCUACAGCCUAGAGGCUUGUAG